AUGCCUGUAACGAGGUCCACGACAGGGAGGCUACAGCGCAGCGGCCUAGAACAGAAGCCUACAGAAGAAUCUUCAGCCGCCGGCGUCACCGCCUCCACCGCCACCGCUACAGACUCCGACAUGCACACGCCGUCAACCACCGUGACAGCAUCGAUAUCGACGGGUGUGUCCGCCGGAGUAUCGACGCUGCCCUCGUCUGCCGCGAGGGUGGAUAGCGUCUCGCCCCCCAUAACAGGGGGGGCACGGCUCCCUGUGUUCGGGGGAGUAACGCCGCCGCCCUCCACUGCCGCGAGGGUGGUAACAGCUGCCGCCGGAACGCCCUUCCCACCGUCAUGUAUCCGGGCUACCCCGCCAGCGUCUACAGCAAGAUCGAAGGCCAAGUCAUUGAAGGCACGCCGCAUCGCCGAAGCAAAAGAAGAAUUAGCACGCCGUAAUGUUGAAAUUGCCGAAGCGAAAGCUGAACUCGCCGCCGCCCGGCUCGCUGUUAUUGAAGCUGACUCCGACACCGACGACGACGACGGCAGCAUCAGCUCCGAGAUGGAGAGUACACUCGGGGUUGACACGUGGCUCGAAACACAGCAGUGCGUACUGGCCAACGAGCCUAACUCCGCGUCAGCAGCACCACCACCGCCAACAGAAGCUGCUGACGACGCCAGACAGCCGGGAGACUACGUUCUACAGCCACCAGCCGCCGUCGACCCUGCAUCUACUGCCGUCCCUGUCGCUCAGCCGCGGGACUCUGUGAGCCUCACCGCCCUCUCUGAAGCUAUCGCUCUGGCUGCAAGAGCCGGGGCGCCGCCGCCACUACCUCCGCGUCUUAUCAGCGAGCUACCGUACUUUAGCGGCGCGCCGCACGAGUGGCUACAAUUCAAGACCGCCUACUACGAGUCCGCAGCAUCACUCGCGCCCUGCGACAACAUGGGGCGUCUACGACGAUGCCUGAAAGGAAGAGCGAAGGAAGCUGUCAACCGCCUGCUCAUCACCAGCACGACGCCCGAGAACGUGAUGAAGUCACUCGAAUUGUGCUUCGGGCGCCCGGACAGCAUCGCGCUCGCCGAGUUGGAACGUCUGCGGGCACUACGCCGGCCUGCGGACAACGCUACAGAGUUCUGCUUCUUUGCAAAUGAAGUAAGCAACAUCGUGACGGUACUGCAAGAGCUGCACCGCGACCGCUACCUCAACAACCCUGAGAUCACGCAGCUCACAGUCGAGAAGCUCACCUCCGCUCACAAGCUUCGCUGGUACGACUUCUCCGCCGCACAUUCACCUGAGGAACCAGACCUGCUGAAGCUCAGCCGAUUCCUCAUUCGGGAAGCUUCCAUCUGCAUGCCGCACGCACACGAGAAGACGGUUGCCUACGAAUCGAAGAAACAGCAGCCGCCGCACCGCGCACAAUGGACAUACGCAACAACAGAACAGAAACCUACGUGUCCAGUGUGCUGCAACAGGGGCCACGACCCAACAGAAUGCCGCAAGUUCGUCGAGAGUGACGUCGACUCACGCUGGCACCUAGCGAAGCAGAAUAGGCUCUGCUUUAGCUGUCUACGCUACCGCAGCAAGACGCACCGAUGCAGAAAGAAGAAAUGUGGUGUCGACGGCUGCGAGAGAUUACAUCACCGACUGCUACACUUCGUGCGAGCUGACAAGCCCGAAGCCAAGAAAACAGACGCAGUCGCCUCUACGUGGACACCGAUGCGAACGAAAGCGUAUCGCAAAAUAGUAAAGGUCCAAGUCUCAGGACCGGCGGGAGUGGUCGACACAUGCGCGCUCCUAGACGACGGAUCUACAGUAACGCUCGUCGACAGUGAAAUCGUACAGAAGAUCGGAGCCAGGGGACCCAUAGACCCUCUCUACAUAGAAGGUGUCUCCGACACAAGCGUCGACGAGUCCGCAUCGCGUCGCGUCGCACUGACACUCACGGGUGCGAGUGAGACGCAUAUAGUCAACGCACGCACAGUACAGAAGCUGCACCUCGCCGCCCAGCGCGUCACCGAGCAAGACCUCGCCGGCUGCCCUCACCUGGAAGACAUCCAGCACGAGCUGAAGCACGCAGACACGAAGCCAGGCCUGCUCAUCGGGCAAGACAACUGGCACCUGCUGAUGGCGGCGGAAGUGCGAGUGGGACAGCGACACCAACCAGUGGCGUCACGCACACCACUGGGCUGGGUGUUACACGGUGCACACACACGCACACUGGGACAGCGUGUGCACUAUGUGAACAACAUCGUCAGCGUCGAAGACAGCAUGGACGAGCAGCUGAAGAGACACUUCGCGCUCGACACACUGAUGAUGACACCGAAGAAACUAAACUCCGACACAGAACAGCGAAGACUCCAGGACCCUACUAACUGGCACGGUGGUCGCCGACCACGUCGUCGUGGUUGCAGACGGCAACCUACCACGAAACACGUAGCUGAACGUGAUAACGGCUGUCCACCUCAGAGAAGACGACAUCGUACGAGCAGUCGACGUCCAGACCAGAGGAGGGAUCCUCAGAAGACCGACCAAGCAGCUGGUGAUCCUGCCAGCUCCAGUCGUUCCUACCGAAGACUUCAACGCCCUGCAGGCGAUGACCGGCGGGAGAGAUGUACAGAACGACUGAAGACGUUAUAG